UUAUAUAUACAGAGACCGUGGCACUACUCUGUGCCCCCAGCUCAUGCACAACACCAACGCCAACAUCAAUGAAUUCUUAGUAUUUGUAACUCUUUUCCCUCUUCACUUCGCAAUCAAAUCUCCGCUUCCUCCCUCCGCCGCCGCCGCAUAUGGCCAAAGGUCGCAAAUUAACGACCAGCCGGAGCGAGCGCUUCUUGGGAACUUACGCCUACUCUCACAGCCAAGUCUCCGCCGUCGCCGACCCGUCGGAUCUCCGGGAAGAGGAUGUCUGGUCCACCGCCGAUGAAACCCGCGACCGCGACUCCGAUUUCUCCAACGGCGAGUGGGAGCCACACGCUGCCGCUGAUAGCAACGGCGGCUCCUCCGUUCGGAGCCGGCGCCGGAUUCCCCUCGACAGGGAAGACCACCGCCACGUAGGUGGCCUGUCCCUGGCGUUCGAAGACCCGGCGAGUAAUGCCGUGACGGCGUCGUCGUCGUCGUCGAGGAUCGUGCACCAGUUCCGCGCGCAUGAGCGCGUGGCAUCAUCGCCACGCGGGCGCCACGUGGCGUCUUCGGCUCCGGUGAAUGUGCCGGACUGGAGCAAGAUACUCCGAGUCGACUCGGUCGAGUCGCUGCACGACGCCGACGACGGUUUCGACGAGAACGAAUCGGAGAUGGUACCGCCGCACGAGUACUUAGCGCGUAGCCGGAGGAUGGAGGCGAAUUCGGUGUUCGAGGGUGUGGGCCGAACGUUGAAGGGCCGAGACUUGAGCCGGGUUCGUGACGCCGUGUGGAGCCAGACCGGGUUCUACGGCUGACGGUUUUCUUGGGUAAGUGGUUCGAACCGGUUUGUAAUUGAAUUGAUUAGAUAUUGUUAUUGUUGUUGUUGUUGUUGUGUAGUUAAAACAUUUUGUUUGACUUGAAUGGAUGGUUUUUAGUGGGCAAUGAUUCGGUUGGGUGGACUCGGCUGAAGAGAGUCCAACUCAGUGGCGAGUGAGCCCAAUCAUUAAAUCCCUUGUAUGUAUUUGAAUUUGGAAUUUCUGAAUUCUGAUAAAGAUCAUCUCAGCCUAAGGCCACUUUUUUAUUUUCAAUCUUUAUGUAU